CCGCCAUAUUGGAAAAAGGCGGAAGUGGCUUAAUCUGCACGAGCCCGCGGCCAUCUUGGAAAGAGGCGGAAGUGAGCUGCCCUUCAAGGCCCCCAGCCGGCGGCCAUAUUGGAAUCGGGCGGAAGUGGAAGGCGAGUCUCUCUGUCCCGUCUGCCCUUCCCCAACCCAGGAGGGCCGGGACCUGCGCCCUCGAAUUGGUCCUGAUCUCGCGGGGGAGGAAGCGGAGGGACUCAGAGGCCGGACUACAAAUCCCAUGGUGCACCGCGGCCACCGGCGGAAGUGGACUCUACCGGAAGCCGGGUCGAGAGGUCGCACGCACGUUGCGGGGCGGGGCUCGGCUCAGCGCCGGAGCAGCGGGGAGCGGCGGACCGGACCCGACCGGACCCUCAUGGCGGACCUGAUCCAGAAGAAGCUGCAGGGCGAGCUGGAGAAAUACCAGCAGCUGCAGAAAGAUCUCAGCAAGUCCAUGGCGGCACGGCAGAAACUGGAGGCACAGUUGACUGAGAACAACAUUGUCAAGGAGGAACUGGGGCUGCUGGAUGUGACCAACACUGUCUACAAGCUGAUUGGGCCCGUGUUGGUGAAACAGGACAUGGACGAGGCUAAAGCCACUGUCAGCAAGCGGCUGGACUAUAUCACUGGAGAGAUCAAGCGCUAUGAGCUGCAGAUGCAGGAGUCUGAGAAGAAGGCGGAACAGCAGCGGGAGGUGCUGGCCCGGCUGCAGCAGGAGUAUCAGCGAGCCCAGGGCAAGGGGACGGCUAAGGCAUGAGCCGGUGGGGGAAGGUGGAUCCUUGGGGCUGGGGGGCGGGAGCUGUAUUUAAGUUUUUUGCUGUUUGAAAUAAAGAGGUGAUGCACAAA